UCAAAUAUUAAGUGGCGGCCAUGUUGCUUGUCUGUUAUUCAAUUGGGAGAGAGAAAAAAAUAUACGCUUUUGAAAACAGCAGAGGGCAGGCAACAGCAAUGUUCUAGUGAAGCGGCUCUUCCGGAUAAAGGCAGGCGACUAGAAGUGAACUCGGGUGUGUCUUUUCUUCGUCUCAACAUGGGUCACAUCUUCGUCUACGGCACCUUGAAGAAAAGUCAGCCAAAUUACUUCCGUAUGCUGGACAGGAACAAUGGUAAGGCUGAGUUUCUUGCCUCAGCUCUCACCACUGAGAAAUACCCUCUGGUGAUCGCCAGUAAAUACAACGUCCCUUUUCUCCUCAACAUCCCCGGCCAGGGUCACAGAAUCCAUGGGGAAAUCUACAAGGUGGAUGAGAAGAUGCUGAAAUUCCUUGACGCCUUUGAAAAAGUCCCCAGCAUCUACCAGCGUACUCUGGUCAACCUGCAGGUUAAGGAGUGUGUGGGGCAGAACGAGGGAGGACAAGCACUAUCACCGGGCAGCAUCACAGAGGCGUUUGUGUACAGUACCACCACAUAUGAGUCCAACUGGCCAUCACUUCCAAGUUAUGAGAGCUACGACUCCUAUGGCGACCAUGGGCUGCAAUAUGUAACCAGAGAAGGACGAGAUUAAGUUAUUCCAUUAGCAGAUUAUAAAGAAGUUGUUCAAGACCAGUUUAAAGAAUCAAGUGACCUCUAUAUUUUUUUUUUUUUUUUUUGUGACAGACCUUUACCUUAUCUCUCAGGAAACCAAAAACACAACACACUUUUGUUUCUCAAACCCUUGUUUUUCUUUAAGUUUCUGAAACUGUAAUUACGACUUGCACCAUGUUUGGUAAUAAGUACUCAGUAUAGCUGUGGAAUACACUAAAAGGUUUGAAUUAAGUUUAUGUGCUUGACUGGCCUGCCUGUCCUUGUCCAUUAUAUGCUUUUUUUCUUCUUUAAAUAAAUUGUUCUGGUUAAAGUUCACCUGGGGGCGUUCAAAAAACAAAAAGUCUCGGAGGAACGUUUUGAAUCUUAGUGAGAGAGUAAAUAAACACAGUCUUAUCUAGUUUUUAUUUCAUGAAUUAAGAUUUAAAAGAGAAAAAAAAGUGUCUUUUGGCAGUGAACCAUUAAAAUCUCUGUUGGCACCAGAAA